AUGUUUCUUCAUUCUGGGCUGAAGCGUGGCCCAAAAUCGCUUCAUUUGCGACCAGUGUUGAAUAUACUUCGGGCACGCCAACCUGCACGUCUCCAGAAAUACCAUGAUGAUACGAGGAACAGGGCCUCUAGUUUUUGGGUGCCGUCUGGUGGAAUAGCCGAAUCCAAGAAUGGAGUAGAUUCCAACGACCUUCUAAUUAGGGCCGGUUUCCUUAGACAGCCCUACUCUGGGGUAUUUCAUCUUCUUCCGCUUGGACUCCGAGUUCAAGAGAAAUUAGAAAGGCUUAUUGAUAAGCAUAUGCGUAAACUAAGCGCCUCAAAACUCUCACUAUCAUCAUUAUCCUCUCAGGCUCUGUGGAAAAAGUCAGGGAGACUCCACAACGAUGACUCCGAGGUAUUUCGAUUUGUGGAUAGAAAGAAGACUCCGUUUCUUCUUGCUCCCACCCACGAGGAAGAGAUCACUACACUUGUAUCUGGGCUGAUCAAAUCAUAUCGAGAUUUACCCCUACGUGUAUAUCAAAUCUCGCGGAAAUACCGUGACGAACCAAGACCGCGGCAUGGCCUUUUGCGUGGUAGAGAAUUUGUUAUGAAGGAUCUCUACACUUUUGACUCUACUGAAGGAGAGGCAAUCAAGACUUAUAAUACAGUGAAAGACGCCUAUAUAAGCCUUUUUAAGGAGCUGAAGAUACCAUAUGUCGUGGCAUCUGCUUCAUCUGGCAAUAUGGGAGGCAAUUUAAGUCACGAGUUUCAUUUUCCCAGUCCUAAAGGAGAGGAUACCGUCGUCAGCUGCUCCAAGUGUGAAUAUGUCUUUAACGAGGAAUUAGCCAGUGGAAAAUCUUCCAACAAACUAACCGAAAAUAAGCCGGAAAUAGAUGCUUCAACUGAUGGGCUAGGUCGCCAAGAGGCAGCAGCUAUAUCAACAGGUCAAUGGACGGUUAUCUCGAAAGAUAAAAAAGUUCUAGUAAGGGCAUUUUACCCAAAAUUCCUUAUAACUAACGGAGAGUCAGAGCCAGCUCAACGAGAAGUGAAUCAACAUUCUUUGAAAGCAAUUGCUUCUGCGUACGGUAUAGACAUUGAUAUAGGCGUCAAGGAUCCUCUUGCUACAUGGAAAGCUGAGAUCCAGAAACAACCUCAAACCUCUGAACAAGAUAUACGUGUCUUAGAUAUAUAUGAUUCCAGAGUCCGCGUCUACAAUCGACCACCUAUCAAAGAUCUUCUAGAUGGGAUACCUAGCAACAGCUUGAAUAUUCAGUCUUCACUCCUUGACCGAUUUCCUGGAACUGAUGAUUGCCUGGAUCUACUUAGAGCGAGGGCAGGGGACGAAUGCCCUAGUUGUGGAAGCCCGUCUCUCAAAAUAGACCAGUCCAUCGAGCUUGCACACACCUUCCACCUCGGCACACGGUAUAGCGAUGUGUUACAAGCCAACGUAUCCAUAAACCCAGCGAUUUUGGCCAAUGCAGGACAAAAAGGAAAACAAGAACCGGUACCGAUACAAAUGGGCUGCCACGGUAUUGGGGUCUCUAGAAUGAUAUCUGCGGUAUCAGAUAUUCUGGCGGAUGAAAAGGGCCUUAACUGGCCACAAGCUAUUGCUCCCUUCCAAGUGGCCGUUGUGCCCGGAAAGGGUCUCGAGAAAGAAGCCGAGUUGGUCUAUGACGUCGUUACCCGAAAUACCCAGCAGCCGAUAGACACAAUAUUGGAUGACAGAAAGAAGGACUUUGCCUGGAAAUUGAGAGAUGCGGACCUUAUUGGGUAUCCUGUCAUCCUGGCCGUUGGAAAGAAUUCGUGGAGCGCCGGUAAUAAGGUGGAAGUCCAGUGUCGGCGACUAGGGAACCUACGAACGAAAAUUUCCUUAGAGGAGGUCCCUGAACUCGUUUCAUCUCUUCUCAGCAAACUAUAG